AUGCUCCUUCCCCCCGUGAAUCCAACGUCCGAGCCAGUCGGGAACGACACCUUCAAAUCCCCAACCCACCACGAUGGACCCGACAGCGAACCCACGGCCGAUUUCCGGGUUAUCGACCCGCAAAGUGGCGUCAAGCGCGGGCUCAAAACCCGCCACCUCUCCAUGAUGGCACUGGCGGGCAUUAUCGGGCCGGGCCUGCUGAUCGGGUCGGGAGGUGCCCUAUCGGCCGGCGGGCCGGCCUCGCUGCUCAUCGGGUUUGCUGUGAUUGGCGCCGUGGCCUUCUCCAUCAUGCAGAGCCUCGGCGAGCUGACCACCCUGUACCCGACCGGCGGCGCCUUCACCCAUCUCGGCGAUCGCUUCGUCGACAAGGCCUUUGGCGUCGCCGUGGGGUGGAAUUACUACAUUGUCUGGUUCUGCGUCUUGGCGAAUGAGUAUAAUGUCAUUUCGAGCAUCAUGACGUUUUGGAGUGAUAGGGUGCCGGUUUGGGGGUACUUUUUGAUUUUCUGGUUUGCGUUUCUAGGAUUCCAAUUGCUAGGCGUCGAAACGUUUGGCGAGGCCGAGUUUUGGCUGGCGUUGAUCAAGAUUGUUGGCUUAAUCGCCUACUUUCUGUUCAGUAUCGUCUAUGCCUCCGGCGGAGUUAACGGGGCGGAAGCUAUUGGCUUCCGGUACUGGCGCGACCCGGGCGCCUUCACUGACGGCUUCAGGGGCGUGGCCUCCGUCUUUGUUUUCUGCAGCACUUUCUACGCUGGCGUCGAGUCCGUCGCCGUGGCUGCCACUGAAACCAGAAACCCAAGUGUUGCUGUUCCCUUGGCCAUCCGCCAGGUCUUCAUCCGCAUCAUCGUCGUUUACAUGGGGAGCGCCUUCUUUUUUGGCCUGACCUGCCCUGCCAACGCUCCAGGUCUAAUCGGAGGCUCUAGCCGGGCCGUAAGAAGCCCCAUGACCAUUGCCAUCCAGAAUGCUGGUUGGGAGGCCGGGGUACACCUCAUCAACGCAUUCAUUUUUGUCACUUGCCUCAGCGCCGUCAACAGUUCCAUCUACAUCGGCAGCCGCACCCUCUUGUUCAUGGCCCAGGAUGGUAAAGCGCCGCGACUCUUGGGAUGGACCGACCGGCGGGGCGUCCCCAUUCCUGCCAUUCUCUUCACCAAUCUGUGUGGAGCGUUGAGCAUGAUGAAUGUUAGCACUGGUGCGAGCCAAGCAUACAGCUACAUUGUGAACCUCAGCGGUGUGUCAACCUUCAUUGUGUGGGGUGCUAUCAGCUUCAUCCACAUCCGCUUCCGCUCCGCGUGGAAGGCACAGGGAUAUACAGAGGCCGAGUUGCCGUUUAUAUCGCUGUGGUACCCGUGGAGCGCUUACUUCGGGCUCGCCGCCAACGUUUUCCUGGCCUUGAUCCAGGGGUGGUCGACUUUCGCCCCCUUCAAUCCCGGCUUGUUCGUGGAUGCGUAUAUCUUGCUACCGCUGUUCUUCGUGAUUUACCUCGUGUACAAGUUCAUCUUCAAGACGAGGUGGUGGAGAUCAGAUGAAGUCGACCUGCAGUCUGGCCGGCGGAGGGAUCUAGAUGAGGGGAAGCAGUUGAGGAAGGAGUGGAAUGAUAAAGCAGAGACUUGGUGGAAGAAUUUCUGGAAGAAUUUAUGA